UGCGUGGCUGGCUGCCAGGCUGUCGUAUUCAGAACGGAGCCAAUCUCGAGCCAUAUCGAGCCAGCGCUUGCUGUCUAUCGUGGUGGUGCUGCUGUUGAGCCUAGAGCAACCCGAAUCACCCGAAGCAUCAAGGCCGCCAAAGAGCCUUUAAUACAAGAUCGUAGUAGUGCCAGCUGCAUGCAACUGUGAAGCGUGUAGCGUCAAAAAGAAAGGUUUCGCUGCUUUGCGACCUUCAGUGAUUGUUUGUCUGAUGACGCCCAUGUCAAACAAGAACCAAGGUUUUUUGACCGUGUCUUACUACAGAUGGGAUAAGGACAAGCUCAGGCCGGAUGAUCUUGACACAAGCUUGUGCACACAUCUUAUUUUGGGCUUCACUGAAGUCGAAAACAACACCCUCAGCAAAGGGUCCACGGAUGGGGACUCGUCCUAUCAAGCUGUAGCGAAUCUCAAAGCAAGUAAUCCUUCUUUGAAAGUCAUGCUCUCAGUGGGAGGAGGGGCCAAUUCGCGCUGUUUUCACGACAUGGUGUCCGAUCCUUCCAAUGCCGACAGAUUUGUCGCUUCUGUAGUGGAAACCCUACGGAGAAAUAAUGUAGAUGGCAUUGAUAUUGACUGGGAAUUUCCUAUGGAUAUUCGUAACGGCAAAGCCCACCUCACUAGGCUUUUACAGAAAUUGCGAACCGCAUUUGACAAUGAGGCCAUUGCCUCAGGACGACAGGCACUAAUUCUAUCAGCAGCAGUUGCUGCACAGUCUGUCAUCGUGAACUCCUCUUACGACGUUAAAGAGAUUGAGAGAUACGUGGACUUCAUCAACCUCAUGACAUAUGACCUACAUAUUUUCAAGUGGUAUUAUCCCUUCUCUGGGCACAACAGUCCUCUCCAUGGAAGAAGGAAGGAGAUUGGUUACUUUGCUACUCUGAAUAUGGCAUCUUCAGCUAAACUUUGGGUCUCCAAAGGGAUGCCGAAGUCAAAGAUAGUUGUUGGUAUACCGACAUAUGGCUUGGUCUGGAGACUUGGUCAUAAACUGUGGCAUGGUGUUUCAUGCCUCACCUUUGGGAAAGCUGCUGAAGGAGGAGGAUACAUUACCUAUCCCGAGGUUUGCCAAGUGAUUGCAGAUGGAGGAAAAAGGAUAUUUGAUAAGCAGUCAAAAGUUCCAUACGUGGUCAACAAGAAACAUUGGAUAAGCUAUGAUGACAUCAGCAGUGUUGAACUGAAGGCCAAAUGGAUCCUUUCGGAAGGCUAUGGAGGAAUAAUGACAUUUAGUCUCAACUGUGAUGACUGCACCGGAGCUACUUCUCCAGAAGGUGUUCAGUUUCCUCUCCACAAGAAGAUCAAAGAGGUUGUGGAGCAAGGGUUAACUGCCUGAGGGUUAACCACAUAGUAUACACAGGCUGUAUCCUGUGCGCUGUUGGCUGAAAAAUUAUGCACGUGGUAUAUUACGAGUUUUUCUUGCGGAAACAAAUUUAAAGGCAUUUGUGUUGCUGCUGUUUCUAGCUAUUUCUUGUUUACGGCCAGCCUCAUCUGCAAUAACGAUCAGCGAUGGAAAAUUGUAACGUUGCACGUGGUUGACCCCAGGCUUGUUGUUUCGAUGUGCACCUCACUUCUUGUUCAGCAUGCUCAAAAUUUUAAUUGAUAGUGCUGCCUACGGACGAGACAUGAAGACAGAAAUCAGCCCAGAAUUUUUGUGUGUUAAGUGGACUCUGAGUUUAUUUGGUACGUCGUGAAUUCGGGACACUAGGCAUUAAGGGGAGAUUUAUUUGAAGUGACUUUUGAUUGUGGUCAAUGCUCGCAUUUGGGAUUGAGCCUUAUGUAAAUGAUCUUGCAAGAUUGAAAACCUGUUUUGUGUGUUCUACUUACUAAUAAUGUAGUAAUUAACGGCACUGUCAGUCUUUGUCCUGUGUUCAAUUUAGCUGUGGAAGUCAGGACAACUUGGAGUGCAAGCAGAACCAUAAAGCUUAAUAUUUUGGCAUGAAGUUGUGCGUUUUGGCAUGAAGUUGCGUGGAAUAGUGUCGAGAGGGAGUAAGGUGACAUGGCAUUGUCAUACAUGCUGCAGGCACUUGUCAUCUGCUUUAGCAUUGGUUGCUUUCAAAAGUAUCCGUGCACUAGAGUACAGUACAUUUCACGUGGUUCUGCACAUCUGCCCUAUAGAGAAGUUUAGCCACAGUUUAAACACAACCAGAAAAUGUGUUCUCAAUUAGAGGUAAAUGUCCUUUUCACAAAAUCCAUUUACUAAAAAUGAGUCGUCUUUGUUUAAUGCGUUGCGGUCUAGGAUUCGCUUGUACUUAUUUUAAUGGUGGGUACUUGUCAGCACAGACUGCAUUCAAACAACUGCUGUGGAUGCUCAUCAGCAAAAAUACCUGUGGUUGGACAAGGGAAACUCAACAUCCUCGUAUGUCCACCACCUAUGGCUCCUAAGGAAGAGUGGGUCGAGCCUCCUUUUAAUACGCUUACUUCUCGGAGGUAGAGUAUCAAACCAACACCAUCACUUUUUUUUCUAUUUCUUGUUUAAAGUGAUUAUCUUGAAGUGUCUGCCCUAUGUUUGGUAGCAAACUGCUAAAUCGCUGAAAGGUUGCGCUUCAUCUAUCAUCACUUGUCAUUUAUACAACAACUUAUUAUAGUGGAGAAGCAGGCAGCACACUGUACUUAUUUCAAUGUGCAAUCAAUCAAUAAACCAACCAAAUAAGUAUUUCAAUAAAUAAAUAAAUAAAUAAAUCAAAUCAAUCAAUCCCAAGGAGAUCUGUAGCCAUUAAGAAAACCGUAGGUUAUUGGCAGCAGCAGGAUUGAAACCUGGUACUUCCUUCUUAUGAGGCAGAAGCUCAGCUGCAUAGCUACCACUUCACUUGCCUAAUGGAUGUUUGUCGAAAAUUUAUUGGACAUAUCAAAGCCCAUUUGACCAGCUUCUUUUUGUAUAUGAAUGUGUAGAUGCUCAGCCUUUCAACACAAUUAAAUUAUGUGAAAAGUCAAAUUAUCCUAUACUGAACUGUUUGUUUUAGUUGUUUUGGAUAAGCUGUUUAGGAUCACAUUGUGCAGAUAAAUGAAUUGGGCAUCCUGUAGUUGUUUGCUGCAGUAUAGAAAAAGUUGCUGGUUGUUAAACGUGCAGUACGAUAUCUUUUUUAAGACAGUUCACAUGUGUAUAAGCUGCCGUAAUAUGCAAUAUGAAGGAAAGGUGACCUUAUGUACGGGUUGACCCAUUGUUAAAGGGAACACAUAUUGUUAGAUCAUGAAUGAAUUUCCGUCUGUCUGAAACCUGGAAAUGAACAGCUUUGUAGAAGAUGCAUGUAAAAGGUGGCACUGGAUCUUCUCUGUGUAAUAGCAUAGUGCACUGACAGUGCUUCUGCAGGCAUCAGCAGCUGUAGCCCCUGCAAAAUGUUAGCCAGCUGCCUGCCUGUUUUAAUGGACCUACUUGUACAUCCUGCAGACUAUGGUGCAAACUGUGUUUUUGUUCAUGAGAAUUUGAGGAUUAAGCUGGCAUGGGACAUUUAUUCUUACCUCUCAGUUCAUUAGUGAGAAAGCGCGAAAAAGAAAGGCAGUUUGAAUUAUUGUAAAAUGCUAAUAUCAAAUAGUUAACCCUUUACAGACAAGGCAUAUAAAUACCCAAGAAAAAUGUUUAUUUUCCAUCUAAAUGUGCAAAACAUAUUGAAAAUAAGCAUACUCAACCAAGUGAAAAAGUAUUUUACGUAACUUUUUCAGCAAUAGAGGGAAACGCUAGGCAGAAAACGAAGUGGGCUUCACCCCAAGCCACCUAUGGCUUCGUUUGAAAUUUGUAGACAGCUUUCGUCAUAUGUGAACCAUAGAUGUAUAUUUGAUUUGCGUUAUAUCAAGUGUAUGAUAACAAUGCAGCCGGAGGUUUUGCAUCGGUCUGUCUCCUCUGACCGUGCUUUCAAAAGUGAGGCAUGGUUUUAACUUCUUCUUCAUCGUCCUGGGUUCCGGUCCUAAGCCAACAAAUUCCACUUGCUCCCUGUCAUUCAGUGUUGGCCGAAGACAUUUAGCUAGAAACUUUGUACUCAAUGCCAAAACUGCAAGAAUUUUUUUUUCCUCGUAUGUUGGCUGUAGGCAACACUCGUCCAUAAAGGAUUAGUGUGCUGUGCUUGUUUCCUGAGCAGUCAGUACGAGACCAUUUUUGCAUUUGCUUGCAUGAUAUGCAUCAUAUGUUUUAGAUGUUACUCAUGGCCCACUUUGUGUCAUAGGUAACAGCAGCUAUUGCCUAAUCUAUUACUGGAUCCUAAAAUUUUAUUAGCUGUUUUCUACUCACUGUGAUGCUGUAAUUUUUAUUUGUUUAUUCAUUUGUUUAGUUAUGCUACCCUCAUGGCCUGAAGAAGGCAUUACAGGGGAAAUAGAACAAACAUAAUCACAAGUAGCAAAUCAACAUGUUAACAGCAGAUUAUAUUUCUGUGAACAUGUCAGUUUUUUACAAUGUACAAAGAGAAGAAAAGAAACAAAACAAAAUUUUAUGGAAAGAAAGCACAGGUUUGAGUAAGACUGUGUUAUGCCACUAAAAUGAUCUGUUAGGCUUGAUCUGAACAGGUUAUCAGGAAUGGUAACCACCAACUCAGGAAGACUAUUUCACUUAUUAAUUGUUUGUGGCAAAAAGAGUGACAGAAUGCAUUUGGGCUGCAAGAAAUCAACUUCAUCUUAUGACGAUGGUCUAUGUGCCUCGAUGCAUACGAUGAGCUAGACAGAAGCAAAUCGUGGAGCACAUCAUGAUAAAAAAAUUUCGUGAAAUAGGCAUAAGCGUCGCGCUGAUAAGUUUGAUAGGAGCAAAGUCGACUUCAUGCCAGCAACGCUGGCAGUGAAGAAAUAGUUGCUAAGAAUAAAUCAAGCAGCAGAGUUCUGUACGGAUCCAAUUGUGGAAGUUCAAAUGUGAAACCCCAGAUAGAAGUUGCAUGUCAAGUUUUGGGCGAAAAAGCACCUUGUAAAGUUGUAGUUUAAGGAAGGAAGUGACGUUGGAAAAUUUGCGUUUAUCAUAGCCAAGGGGUUAGUUAGAAUUAACAGUUAAAUAAUGUGCAGAUGCCACAAGAGGCUAGCAGAGCGUGUUGCCCGCUCCUCUGGAACACAUGGUAACUCUCCUGGAACAGCUGCUUUUCGCAACUGCCGACAGGUGGCAAUAAAAGUUUAUGCUAGCACCGCCUUCGCAGCAGAGAGCAUCUCCAUAGACGAAGCAACAAAACCAGGCAGGUAACUGUGCCAAGUGUUAUAUUGAACGAUCUAGAUCGGACCAUAAUAUGCGAUCUUUCCACAAAAUUUUAGUCUGAACAGCGUAGCGCUAAGUGCAAUACCUUUUUUUCUACAAUUUUAAGAGAAAAACGCAUGUCCCUAUAUGGUUUUGGCUUUUCAAACUGCUGAAAAUAGUGUGUUCAGUAGCUGUAUUGCAUCACAAUGUCUCAGCACAGAUUUGAAAUGUGCAAAAGUACCUGCUGUUAUAUGCAUCUGUGUGUAAUGGUUCUUAGAGCAGCAGGAAUUGCAGAAUGAAGUGCCUCUUUUGGAUUUCCAAGGCCAUAAUAAUAAAUCUGUCACCACCUUUACACUUAAGUAUGCAACCAACUUUGGGGUCAUAGUGAGUACCUGGCUUACAGGGACCAAAAUUCACUUCAUUAGAAAAAUCUUAGUAAUAAAACCACGAGUGGUGUUUGCUCAGGAGUCUUUUAUUAUGCUGAGUGAUUAGCAAAAGUAUUUUUGAUACUGUGAACUUAAUACUGAAAUUAUAACCUUCAGUCAUAUCAUGUGAAGCAUAUAUUGCACAGGGACUUUGAAAUGUUUUAUUAACAAAUAUGCAGAAUAUAGCACAAGAAUCAACAACAAAAAGGAAUUUUCUUGAAGAACAAAAGUGGUGAAUGAUGCCUUGCAUUCUUCUACUGUAAACAGCUAAUUGGCAGUGUUGACAGUCAGACGCACACAAAGAAGAAGAAAAUGUCAGCAACACACUAAUGCCAUUGCUUGAUUGCUGGCACAUUUUCAGCAUCUAGACUGAUGGCCCGCUUUGUCUUGAUCUCCUGCAGGCUUAAUAUUUACAUACAUAUUGGCUUUCUUGCACUUUUCGUCACUCCUUUACGUAACCAGUGGUGCAGCAAAGUUACGGUGUGACUAGCUUCAACUUCCUCCGAUGAAAAGGCUUUUGCUACAACACAUAGUACGCAACAUAUCUGACUGUUGGCUUUAAUGCAUGCACACUCGCUGGCAGUUUUUACGAGCACUAUAAAUGCCAGAACAAAGGAACAUAAGCAACACAAGGCCUUUAUGUGUAAGUUAACAUGAAACUAACAAGUUCAACAAAACAAUUUUGCUGUGUUCUUUAAAAAGCAGCCACCCUCAGCUUGAGUUUUCUUUCUUUUUUUUUUU